AUGGACGUCGAGGCUGCGACUGUCGAAGACGCUUUGGAAGAUGUUGAGCGCAAGCGACACAAGAAAAACCCUUGGGAUAGUCGUUAUGUUGCUUUCUGCUUAUCCGGAUGGAAGCCAUUUGGAACGCUCAUCAAGAGCAUGAAGCAGGCCCUGGUGAAGCAAACGACCGAGGCCGUGAGGCACAUCGGCAAGGAGCUUAAACGUGCGCCACAACGGGGAGGCCCGGCCACUGGAGCCGCUGGCCCAGCGGCUGCGGCAGGGUCGGGGCCUGGGACGGGGUCUGGGACGGGCCCCACUUCCGCGGGCUGUGAUGCUGCUGACGAUGGUGGCCGCGACGACGACGGCGGUGAGAUCGACCCGCCCGAUCCACGGCUGCUCUCCCGGCUGUCGGCAUGUCUGGCAGUGCUUCGAGGGGAGGCUAGCCUGUGGCCUGGGCAGCUGGUAGCUGUGGCGCGGCGGCAGCUACUAGGCAACGGAUUGGUCGCCGCUACAACAACUGCUACAGCUACAGCCUUUGCUACCGCCGCAACCGCGUCCGGCGCGGGACGCUUGGCGGCCUUGUCGAAAUCCGAGCCUUGCACCACCUCGCCUUGGAGCCUGGACUGGGACUGGGAGGGUGACGCUCGCGCCAUCGCAGCGGCCAUGAAUCACCAAAGCCACAUCGCAGCCGCCGUGUAUGAGUGGGCGCCGGCAGCAGCCGCAGCCUCCACCGCCGCCGCGGCGGCGGCUGCAACCAACCCAGCGGCGGCAUCGGCGGCGGCUCAUUCUGCAGCUGCCGCCACCGCCGCUGAACCGCCGGCAGGUGCUUGCGACUUCUUGACAGGGCUGCUCGAUGGUAUGCCACCGGAGGCCGAGGAGGACCUCAUGCAAUGGGACGACAGAGAGGAGGCGGAACAGCACCCACACCAUCAUCAUGAUGCUGGACACCCACAUCGGCUUGGCGGCGAGCGGCGAGGUCGGCGUAUGCAGCCGCAGCCGCAGCCGCAGCAGCAACCGCAGUGGGCAGGAACGGAAGAACAUAUGGAUCACUGGCAGCACGUGUUCGGCGCGGAUUGCGUGGAGGCGGCAGAGCCCGGCAGCGAGGGCGCAGCUGCGACCAGACGAGACAGCACAGAUGGCGGCCGCAGGAGCAGCGUUGGCAGUGCCGGAGGUGGCAGUGGCGAAGGUGGAGGCGAAGGCGGCUGCUUCAGUGGGCGGCGCGGUCCCCAGCUGGAGCUGCCUCAGGCCGCAGCUUCGGUCUUUGGCGACGAAGAGGACGUGCCUCUGCCGUACUAUUUGCUGGACCCCGCCCGGCCGCGAAAUGUACAGUCGUCGCGGCCGCCAAAGCCGCCUGUCCCACCACCCGGCCAGAACCGGAAGCAGCAACUCCAAGAACAGCAGCAACAACAGCAACAGCAACAGCAGCCUCGAAAAGGAGUGGGAGAGCCACAGCCAUCGCCAGGUAACGCAAUUGCAGCGGGAGCCACUCACAGCCAACUGCCUGACGCCGCGGUCGUGCCGCCGGCUUUGGAUCUCGUCGCCGCCAUCGGCGCCGCCGCCGGCACAGGUGCUCCCGCGGCCGCAGACGCGGCAGCAGCGGCGUGGGGACCCGUAGGCUGCAGCCCCGGGGCGCUUCCAUUCGCUGUCGAAGACGCUGUCGAAGAGAAGGCAGAGGGCCCGCAGGCUCUGGUGUCUGCGUGGGGCAAUCGCCCAUCCCACGCGGUUGUACGGCACCUAGGUGGUAGGCCAACAUGGGCCAGCCGUGUGAGGGCCACCGGGGCCUGGAGGGGUAGCUGGAAGCCCGGCGGUGGCAGCUGUGGCGAGUACGGCACCCUAUCGUACGGGCACGCGGCGGAGGAGCUUGAUCUGGCAGACAUGGAGGAGGUGGUUUGGAUGGAGGAAGGGCAGGCGGUUGGCGGCGGCCGUUGCGGCAGAAGUGGCGGUGACGUCGACAUGGGGCCAGCGGCGAACCUUGUGCCCGCUGACGUCUACAGGCGCCCGGGCGCCCCGGAUUGCUGUGCCGCCUCUAAUGAUGGUGAUGCUCGUGGCUACGCGCACGACGCCGCGGAGACCGCCCAAUACGGCAUUUGCAGCGUUAUUCGCGUCGAGGAGGGCGGUGCUGGGUUUCAGGAUGGGCCGGCAGCGGAAGGCAUGGAUCGAGACGGUACGGCAGCCGACGGUGGCGGCGAUGACGACGACGAUAUGCAGGAAAUCCUAGGCCUGGCCAAGGCAAAUGACACGGCAAUAAUCAACGAGGAGGCGGCAUGCGGCACCGAAACCAUACAGAUCCCACAGGCGGCCGACGCAGGUAGGGCAACAGCCUCGGCAACAACAGCACUCAUGGAGGCAGAAGCUGUAGCAGCAGCGGCAGCGAUGGCAGUAGCUCCAGCAGCAGGGGUUGAGGUGUUGUCAGCCGUAGCAGAAGCUAUACGGGAUGGCGGCGGGCGCAUGUGCGCGCGCCAUACAGCGCCAUACGGUGCUAUACGGGCCCUGGCACCAGUAGUGGUACCUCGGCAGGCUGCCGUACCGCUACUUGCCCAGCGCAAGGCCAAGUAUAGGAUGGCAGCCCGGCAAUGGGCCGCCGCGGAGGCGGAGGUGGGGACGGCGGAGCCGCUGCAACCGCCGCCAGCUGCAAGCCCUGUUGGAAAUGGCAGCCCGAAGACGGCGUCAGUAGGACUGCAAGGGGCUGAUGUUGAAGCUGGAGAGGCGGCGGCAGCGGCGGCAGCGCCGACUGCUGUGCAUGCUGCGGCGGCGCAGCGGCGACCUGUGGUUUUAGCUGUCGGUCGGCACCGCCGCGGCGGCAGUUCUGCCGCCCUCGGACUGUCGGCUGGACCUAAUGGCUUACGAAGCAUUACGAAUGGACACGGCGAUGAUGCAGCUGAAGCCGACGGUGCCGAAGACAAUGAUGAGAUUGAGAGUGAUGACGGGCCUGACGGCGGCUGCCGUACCGCUGCCAAAGCGCCAGCAGUCCUGGGAGGGUCAAAGGUGGCGGAGGCUGAGAGAGGCGCCAUGCACGGCGGCAGCGGCGCCGGCGCCACCGCCGGGACAUCAUCCCAGGUGCCUCCUAGAGGUGCCAUACCGCAGGUCAUGGCGGUGCGGCGGCUUAGGCGGGGCCCGCCGCUGGCUCCGGCGCCGUCGCAAGGGCGCUCUUCUGUCGCAGCCCUUUCGGGCGCAGCUGCUACAGGAGGAAGCGGGCCAUCGUUAGGCAAAGAGCCGCAACUGGUCGCGGUGCGGGCCGGGGAGGGGCUCAACACCAGUGCCGUUGAGCCGCAGCGCGGGGAGCAGGCCGCUGAUGGCGCCGGCUUGCCGUACACAGGCCACGGAGGUGGUGGGGCCGGGGAUGAGGGCGGGACUGCGGAGGGAGUCAUGGAGAUGGCACAUGGUGGGUCGUCGCAGCGAGAGGGGGCUGAUGCAGCUGGCGAGGGUAGUGGAGAUAUCGCGGGGGGUGGAGGGGCGGCGGAGCGGCAGCUACGAAGACCGGCGAUUGGAGGCCGCCGGAGUGCUACAGACCGCGGUGGUGGUGGUGGUGGCGGUGGCGGUAGCAGCGGUGGCGCAGCUCGCGCCGCUGAUGUGGACGUCGAUGCUGACGCUGACUCUGACCGCGGCGGCCAAGGUAAAGACGUUGAAGCGGUUGGACUUGACGAGAUUGUGGACCGUGAUGACGAUGAGGAGGAAGACAAUGCCGCUGCCACAGCGGGCGGCCCAGCCGCUGCAGCCGCCGUACCGGUAACGGCGGCAACAACGUCCAUCCGCGUGUUGCCGAAGCUGCGCCGUCGCGGAGUGGAUACCGGCCUCGGCGGCAGCAAUGCGGCCGCCGCCGCCGCCACGGCCACGGCCAGCAACGGCGCACGUCCUGUACGGCAGCCAAAAUUCUUAAUCCGAGCGUCUCCGGUGCUUGGGAUGGGUGAGGCCCAACUGAGGACCUUGGCUCCCGCGGCGGUGCUGCAGUCGUCCGGAUGGAACGCCAAGAUACGGUGUCGCCCCGUUCACAAUCCGGAGCUGCUGCUGCUGCCUUCUCAGCCGCCCAGGACUAAGGAGGGUAGUGGCAACACAGGCGGGCGGAAACUGGAGGAGAUGAUCAUUGCCAGGUCCACCGACCCACGGGUCACAGAAGCGCUCGACGUCGCGCGGCGGCUCCUAGCGGCGAUGCUUCCAGUGGAACAACUAAAGGCGCUGCCGCCAUGGCCACCGCCACCGCCACCGCCGCCAGAGCAUCCCGCGCAGCAACAGCAUCUGCAACUGCACCGGCAAGGGCAACAAAACCUCGGACACGGCGUUGACCCUCACGCAGCAGUACGGCAGCCGAUGCCGCCGCCGGCGCUGGCAGCUUCAGGGACGGCGGCCGCUACUGGCGGUGCCGGCGGAACAUGGGACGACGACGAUGACGACGAUGUGUACAACGAGGCAUUUUUUGCGGAGCUUGACCGUGCCGUAGAGGCGCAUGUGGCGGCGGCGGGCGGUACGGGUGCAGGUGCGGCGACGGCUGUGCUGAAUGUAGGCGGCGUCGCCACCGUCGGCGUGGCACUGACGGCAGCAGAUGCUGCCGUCGCACCAGCGGCGACGCUGGCGGCGACAAGGGGAGCGGCAACGCUGCGUCAUGAGGGUUUCGCACCGGAAAAUGCACCAGCGGCGGCGGCGGCCACAGGUGCCCACCGGGGGCCCCCGACGCCGCAGCUCAUCCCCCUGUAUGGCAUUUGUCUGGAGGAGCCCGGUGGCGAAGGGGACGCACGGGGUGUUGCCAAGGCCCGCGGAAACAUGGACACCGAGUCAAACCCUCCUGCUGGCGUCGCCGCCUCCUUUGCGGUUGCAAAAGCGGACACGUCAUGCAGCUAUCGUACGGCAGAUGAAUUGCUCGCGGCGGAAAUGCACUUGCAAGACGGCGGAAGCGCUGCCGUAACUCCUGCCGGUGGCAUCAGCAGCGGUGACGGCGGCCGUUGCACCGCCCACCUGGCAGUUGGCAGUAGCGCCCCUAGGCACCUCCCAGCGACUGCUGUUGAAUGGGUACACAGUUCGUACAAGGAUACUAUGACGGGUACGAUUUCAACGGCGGGCAUACACAGCGUCGUUUUCACGCCUGCUUGCCUCAACGGCGGCGCCGGACAGAUAAAGACGUUAGAUGGUUAUGGUGACGGAGGGUACGAUGAUGACGUCGAGGACGUGGCGGUAACCAUAUGUGACGAAGACGAUCGUCCGCCGCUGAUGACGCCGCUGAUGUACGGCAGCAGGGCCACGGGGUUGCACAGUGGUUGUGCAGGCCAUGACGGCUGUGCAGCACCGGCCUCCGCCCCGGCGGCGGCGGCGACGGCAGCGGGGCAGGUGCUGCUGACGGCGCCGCGCGGUGACGGCAGCUUACACAGCCGGACAUCAACGGGCGCCGGCGGGCUGUACGGCAUUAGUCAGCCGUAUUGGGAGCUCACUACCCCUAGCGCCGCCGUUCCGCCGCUGCAGCAGCCCAGCGGCGCUGUACGGCAUCAACUUGCUGUAGGAGGCGCGAGGUGCGAACAAAAAGGCUGUGGCGUAGGCAGCGGCCCAGGGAACGGCGGCGGAUGGGUAGCUAGCGGCUCAGACUCUGGGUUGGUCGGCCCGAACACAAGCACGGCGGCGGGCGUCGUUGCCGGUGGUGGGUUUACAGGGGCCAGCUGCUUUAGUUCACCUGCUGACGAGGUCAAGCCUUGCAGUGGCGGUGGUGGUGUCCUCCGUGGGCUGGGCGGCGGGUCAGUGUCGCCAAGUAAAGGAGCGGGUUUGCAUGGGAGCCAGGCGAGAAAAGCGGUAGCAGGGUGGCGGGGGGGGCCCGAGCUGUUGCAUGGCGGCUGGGGGGCAUCGGCGGUGCUGCCAGCAGCGGCGGCGGAGGCCGCCGCCGCUGCCGCCGCUGCCGUGGCCCAAGCAGUAGCAGCCGCAGCAGCUUCCGCAGCAGCGAUGGUCGGUGCGGAUAUUCAUCUUGAGGAGGAGGCCGUCGCCAUUAUGUACGGUGAUGACGUGGACUUCCCUGACGACUUUGAUGGCGAUGCCGUCCCUGUCAUGUACGACAAAAACGGUGACGAUGCGGUCGUGGUGCGGCACGGCGGUGACGGUGAAUACGAUGAGGGAAACGAUGUUGACGUGAAGCUGUUGGGUAGUAGAUCGGUUGGCUCCAUCGAUGGGGGCAGCGUGGAUCGAUGCGUGGAGGAGCUACAGCAUGGAGGUGGCGGCGGCGGCGGCGGCGGCGACGCUGCCGUUGCCGUGGAGUCCGAUGCGGACGACACAGACUGCAACGUGGAGGUCGUACUGUCGCCGGAGUGGCCUCGUGUGUACGGCGGCGGCGGUGGCGGCGGCGGCUGCGCUGACGGCGGUGGCAGCGGAAUGUGGGACGACGGCAUCGGCGACUUUGACUGGAAGAAAGAAGACGGGGACUUCGAUUUCUGGAAUACGUCAACUCCUCAACGUGGAUUGGCAGCUGGGGCAUUGGGUAAUGGCAAGGACGGUGGCGGCGACACCGGUCGCGUCGGCGGUGAUGGAAUCCUUUUCGAUCUGGAGGUGGCAGUACCAGAGUCGCGCGGUGCGUGUGAAAAGUACGGCAUUGACGUUGCUGACUGGGAGGCUGAAGAACCGGAGCUAUCCUGCUCGCUUGUGUUUGACUCCGACACGGCCUUGUACGACGACAGCAUCAUGUUGAUGGACGAGCUAGCCGCUCUGCCCGGAGAAGAAGUCAACCAGCUGCGCGAUGCCGUACAAAAUGCCGUAAACGACGCUGUGCAGCGCGGUGCGGUGUCCGCGGCCGAAGGUGCCGAGGCGGUGGCGGCUCUCAACGCGGCAACGGCGGCGGCGACAGGGGCAGCAGUAGCGGAGCCGGAAGCCGACCCCACGGAAUCCAGGACGAACCCACGGCCUGCUAUUUCCGCCGCCGCCGCCGCCGUACAGACUGCGCAGCCCCAUGGGGGCGGCGUCAAGCGGAAGCGGGAGCAGCUAUGGGCCUUAUGCAUCAGGGAGCUGCUGGCCGCCCGGCAGCGGGGCCGACUGGACCUGCGGGCCCUCAUGGCCACCCUGGCGGACAAGAUCAGGGCCGCUACAGCCAAUAACACCGCCAUGGCCCCCGUCACCGCCAUGGCCCCCGUCACCGCCAUGGCCCCCGUCACCGCCAUGGCCCCCGUCACCGCCAUCCCCGUCACCGCCGCUUUGACACUCAAGUCGGCGGUGACGAGCAGUAGUGGUGGUGAUGCUGCUGCUAGGGGGAAACCUCCGUCGCCACUAGCCCUGCUAUCCCUGCGACAUCUGACGGCGGAUGCCGUAAUCGCUCAGGAGCUGAGAAACUCCUCUUCCUCUGCGGGGGGACGAGGGGGGGGAGCUGCGGGGGUAACCCCAGCGCCGCCACGUGCCACGGCGACGGUGACGACGCACCGGGUGUUCCUGGGCCUGCUCAACUUGGCGCAUCAGAACAAUGUGGCCUGGCACCAGCAGCGACUGCAGCAGCAGCAGCAGGAGGCGCGUUCGCUGCGUGGCGGUGGCGUGACGGCGCUGAGCCGGCGGUGGGUAGAGGGUGAGAUGCGGUUGGUCAGCUCGGGGGAUGGCGAUGUGCGGAUCCAGAUAACGUCUGUUGUCUGA